AUCAUGUAGCUGCAGCACAGCCUUCCCUAACGUUGCAACUGGGGGAAAAAUCACUUUCCAGUCUGUUUUGCAAGGUGUGCAUUUCCAUCUUGAUUCCCUGAAAGUCCAUCUGCUGCAUCGGUCAAGCGAAACUCCACUUGCAUGAAGAUUGCACGCCUGCAGCUUGCAUCUUUGUUGCAAAACUAGCUACAGAAGAGAAGCAAGGCAAAGUCUUUUGUGCUCCCCUCCCCCAUCAAAGGAAAGGGGAAAAUGUCUCAGUCGAAAGGCAAGAAGCGAAACCCUGGCCUUAAAAUUCCAAAAGAAGCAUUUGAACAACCUCAGACCAGUUCCACGCCACCUCGAGAUUUAGACUCCAAAGCUUGCAUUUCUAUUGGAAGUCAGAACUUUGAGGUGAAGGCGGAUGACCUGGAGCCUAUAAUGGAACUGGGACGAGGUGCGUACGGGGUGGUGGAGAAGAUGCGACACGUGCCCAGCGGGCAGAUCAUGGCGGUGAAGCGGAUCCGGGCCACAGUGAAUACCCAGGAGCAGAAAAGGCUAUUGAUGGAUUUGGAUAUUUCCAUGAGGACAGUGGACUGUCCUUUUACGGUCACCUUUUAUGGCGCACUCUUCCGGGAGGGUGAUGUUUGGAUCUGCAUGGAGCUCAUGGAUACAUCGCUAGAUAAAUUCUACAAACAAGUGAUUGAUAAAGGCCAAACAAUUCCAGAGGACAUCUUAGGGAAAAUAGCAGUUUCUAUUGUAAAAGCAUUAGAACAUUUACACAGUAAACUCUCUGUCAUUCAUCGAGAUGUCAAGCCUUCCAACGUGCUGAUCAAUGCUCUGGGCCAAGUGAAGAUGUGCGAUUUUGGAAUCAGCGGCUACCUUGUAGACUCUGUUGCUAAAACUAUUGACGCAGGAUGCAAACCAUACAUGGCUCCUGAAAGAAUAAACCCAGAGCUCAACCAGAAGGGAUACAGUGUGAAGUCUGACAUUUGGAGUCUGGGCAUCACAAUGAUUGAGUUGGCCAUCCUUCGGUUUCCCUAUGAUUCAUGGGGAACCCCUUUUCAGCAGCUCAAACAGGUGGUAGAGGAGCCAUCACCGCAACUCCCGGCAGACAAGUUCUCUGAAGAGUUUGUUGACUUUACCUCACAGUGCUUGAAGAAGAAUUCCAAAGAACGGCCAACAUAUCCAGAGCUUAUGCAACAUCCAUUUUUCACCCUACACGAAUCCAAAGCAACAGACGUGGCAUCUUUUGUAAAACUGAUUCUUGGAGACUAAAAACAAUGGACUCAAUCGGUUGACCCUCCUGUGGAUUGGGAAACAAAACCUGAAUUCCAGAGCCUUCAAAGUGAAAUUAUCCUUCUGAGGGAAGCACAUUGCCACCAAAUACAUCACUUACCACCUGUUCCUGGUGUCUGCAAAGAAGAUGUCAUUUUUCUGAGGUUUAGUGAGUCACUGUUGACAGCUAUGCAAAUAUAAUUCUACCAUCGCAGGUUUCCUAACGGAGUUGUUUGGAAUCAAGACUUAAGUUGAGGUUAAUCUUUUCAGUUCCCGAGCCAAACUCCUUUGUCAAGCAAAAUUUCUCUAAAAGCCUCUUUCCUAUCUGAGGUGAAAGGACUGGGCCUACGUAGAAACACAAAGCAAAGUCAAGGACUUUGUUGUAGGGAUUUUUUUAAAAAAAGAAACCAAUAUCACCUCGUAACACAAACAUGUGUUAAUGGAAUUUAAAAAUAUCCAGCCUAGUUCCCUGGGACUGUCAGUAUCUUGACAUCAUUUGUGUUGUCAUUUGAACUAGGAUGUUGAGCCCUUUAUUCUUGGGAGUUUACAAUUAGGUUUUGGGGGAUUUGCAUUGUAUUUUUUUCUUAUAGUUGUCCAUGUGGACAGAUGUCUUUGUGGGCAGUUAAUCUUGACAUGCAUGGGUUUUCCCCGUUACGUUUGCAUUUCUGGGAUUCAGGGUCUCUUUUCGAGGAAUGAGGCUAAUGCUUCUGUGACUUGGAAAUUGAGUUCAGGGAAAACACGGGAAAGUUUAGGCGCUUACUGGUGUUUUAAUGUAGGAAACAGAACUUCCUAAGUGAUCCCUAGAGUCUGUGGCUUCGACCAGGCCAUCACAGUCUUUUCUGUUUUUCUUGAUUGCAUUUCCGUGUUAUUUUUCUGCUGGUCACAGCAGAUGACCUGGGCUGACUUAACAUUUCUGUGGAAAGAAACUAAUCCAACCAUUUCUCAUAUAUCAAAACUCAGAAUCAACAAUUUUGCAUCGGUCUGCUUAAAUGGACUCUAUUGUUCCCAAAUAUUGAAAAUGUAAGGGAUAUCUAAGAGAACUUUUAGCAAAACCCUCAUUCAAAAUAUAAGACCUUAUAAUAAGAACUUCCAUUUGGCCUUUAAAGAAGAGCAGCUGGGUUGGGUAUCUAUUCCCCUUAAGUAAUAUUCUGUUGUGGCCAGAAAUGAGCAGUUAGCAUUAUUUGGUCACUACCACCGUUUGUAUUGGAGUCUGCAAGCUAUUUCAACAAAGCAAGUCAGACCACCGCCUUAGGGGAUUGUCACUGGACUUUUUGAAGUUUAAGGCUGAACGAUGAUGUGAAAUCCUGUUUAGGGGCUGGGAGAAAAGAUAAAUGCAAGGAGCAGUGCUGAACUAGGCACUCUAUGGAGGAACAAGCUGAUAAAAGAAGCUGGCAGACAGAUAUAGUCCUUAACUUGUUUUCAGUAUUGCUAUAGAGAUGAUCUUCUGUGGGAAAACCCAUCAGAAAGCCAAACCUUUAUUAUUUUUUUCCCUUAAAAAUACUGAACCAUAAGAGGAUUCAGAGAGUGGCAUUGAUUUGGAUAUCAGAAAAUUUUCUCACCUUCUUCUAGUGUGAUUGAUUCUUCAGAGUCGCCAUUUUAAACUGAUAGCACCCAGAAAAAAGAUAGAUGAUUAGAUAUACAAUCCAUCCAUCAGCUACCUUCUGGGUGAAGAAAAAUGGGUACAGAGUUGAGCCCCUUAAUCUUUAGUUAUGGUGGCAGAUGUUUUUAAGAAAGAUGGACACCAAAGCUUAUCUGAUGAGCAUACUUUUCCACAAUGCAGAGAACUGUGAAUGUUUGUAGAAAUACACUACGAGUCUUCACCAGAAGAGCUAGAAUUUCUGAUUUUAAAACAACACUCAAAGCUAGUUUGCAUUUUCAGAAGCAGUGAGUUGUGAGGAAGAAUUAGUUGUUUUCUUUUCUUUUCUUCCGAUCUCAAGUUGUCUGUCCUCGCGUAUGUUCAAUACUUGGGGAGGUAAGAGUCAAGGAUACAGAAGUGGUUUCCAGACUAUAUUCAGUGGUGUCCCUGGGGGUCUCUUAUGAAGGGAAAGGGAAGAGAGUGUGAUGAAGGUCAACCUUGUCCAUCUGAAACCCUCUCAACCUCCAAUCAGAAUAUUUGGCUACCAAUAUUGUUCUCUUUAACUGGAAAUCUCUGUGGCUGUUAAAGGCUUGGGAACUUUGGAUGAAAUGACAACUUCAGGACCCUAAGCAGGCCAAGAAUCUGGGAAAUUUUGUAGCCAGCAAUGUCUGUGAGUCCCUGGCAUUUGCUGUAUUGACAGGAAAAUAGGGCUUAGAGGCAGAAGGGCAAGAAGAGAGGGCCAUUUAUUUUAAUUUUUAAGCAUGAAUCAUUUGAAAGAAAAUGCAAAAUUUGUUACGUGAUGGCCAUGAAUAUAGAUCCUUAAAUUGGUUAUUUUUCUAAAGUGAUUGAGAAUAAUCUGAUUUCAGUGACGAGGAGUGGCAUGACUGGGCUUUUGAUGGGCAGUGGAAUUUCUAAAUUUCUACAUUUGCAGAGGCAGGAGUUAUAAUUUUUGUUCAUUGACAUGUAGGAAAAAGUAAAGCUCUUUGGACAAUUUUGGCACAGAGAAGGGUAGAUCUGAGACUCAAGCUAACAGAGUUACCACUGCUGGGUUUUACAAAGAUUAUAGGUGGAGAAAGGUGACGGGAAGCUGGUUCAGCUGAACCAGCUAGCUGGAAGAUGAACCAGUUAGUUGGAAGCUGAAAACUAUGAUGGUGUAUCUGUCAUGAACUGAACACAAGGGAAUGCUUAGACAUCAGCUGAAUGAUAUCAGGUGCCUUCUACACACACAUAACGAGUCUGUGGUGAAUUCUGAUAGUGGUUUGUUUGCCACUAAACCAAAUUCAACAGCUGGGGUUUCACAGCAGCCAUUUUAAAACACUUUAUGUGUCAAAAAGUUACGUUUGUCAACAAUUUGUGGAGUUCUCGGCCAAUCUCUGUGUAAAAGCCACCCGAGGAGGUGCGAUUAAGAAAAUUCAGACAAUUUAUCUGCCAUAUUACCCCUGUGUUUGAUUUAUUCUUUAGUCACAAAUUUAUUUUCUGAGUGGAGUGAUUUUCUGUAUGAACUGAGAUGAUGAAAUGAUGUUUUAAUAAAAUAACAGGUAUUUUUAGAGGAAAAGUGUUUUCUUUAUGUAAUUAACUUCCAAAGUUGGGCAUAUUUCCUACUGUACAGAAUCAUUGCAUUGGGUCAUUUUAAACUGAAAGAAAGGGAUGUAGUUCAAAUUCUUUAUUUAAAUACAUGAACAUUUUUCUAUAUAUUUUGUGAAAAUCUUGAUGAGAUGCUAGAUACAACUUCUCUAUGAAAUUGAACUUUACAAGAAUUUUAGUAAAAUAGGUGAGUUUCCCCAGCUUCCUUUGUGCUUGAGUUUCAUUGAUGAAAAUGCUGAUUCCAUUUAUUAAUCUGGUCUUUGUAAGGAAAAAAAAACUACUUUUUUUCUUACGUUGUGUGAAUUUUAUGAUAGCCCUUUUUUUAUUUGUACAGUUAUCCCUCAGUAUCCACAGGGGAUUGGUUCCAGGACCCCCGUGGAUGCUCAAGUCCCUUAGUCGGCCCUUCCUAUGGUGGGUUCCGCAUCUGUGGAUAUGGAGGGCUGACUGAUUGAUUGUUUUCCUAGACUGCACCCCAAAUUUGUUUUUAAGCCAUGUUUGUUGUAAAGACAGCUGUUGGGGCAAGUGGAACCAUACCUCGUCUUUACAAUCCCUUGAUGCUAGAAUGAAGUAAUUCCACAUGCUAUUUAGGAGCCCCUGCUAUCUUUUCCUGGUACCUGAAAUAUUCUGAAAGGAGAUCGGAGAGGUUGUGCACCCCUGUCUUUCCAAACGCAUCUUCCACACUGUCUCUGGAGAGUUUGUAAUAGAAGAAUGACUACCAUUUUGUGGAUUGCCUCAUCAACUGACUCCCUCAUCUCUGUAUAGCGUGCUGCUAGCUUUCCCUGGUGGAAAUCAUCUCUUCUUCAUCCAUUGGGAUGCUUUUUCUUUAUGAAUGAGGCAGCCUGAACUGUAGAGUAUGGAAUUCAUUAGAAGUUCAUAAAGUAAAGACCUCUGAAGGAUGUGGGUGGAAUGUUUCCAUGCCUUUGAGGUGAAGGUUAAAUUUAUGUUGUGGCCCUGGGAACUUUUUGCUUUUGAGUUGCAGAAGGAAAGAACGAGUUGGGGGUAUAUACUUUGUAUUUUCUAUAUGGAAAUGUCUGGGACAGCUUUCUUAAGGCUAAAACAUUCUUCAUCAUUGUAUGGGGAAAGGAAAGUUAUGAAUAUCAAUUGAUAACUUCAGUCAAGGUCCAGGAUUGUAUUUAAAAAUAUCUGUUUUGUAGGGAGGUGUGCCUUUUGUUGUCUUUGCUGUAUUGGCUUUGGUGGCCCUCAGUGCAUUUUCAUUUUAGCCUAGCUUUCCUGUUAUCUAGGUUGUGUGCAUUGUUUUUCUUUUGAACUACUGCUUAUUGUAAUUGGUGAUGUUAUCCUAAAAUUCUGAAACCAAGGAAAUAGCUAAUGUGCAGGACUUGAGGUAGAUGCAAGUAUUGGUGCUGAUGUAGGUUAAGUUUUAAUAGAGUGACCAGAAAUAUACUGAAUUGAGGGAUAAUGUGGCUUUAAAAAAGUCAUUUUUGUUUUUAACAUUUGGAGAAGCCACCUGUCCUAGGUCCUUAUCCUUGAGAAAUUCAUCCUAUCAUGCAAAUACCAUUGGUGGAACAUACUUAAUAGCCUGGAUGAUUAGCCUCUAUCAGUAAAUAAACAAGGAAUUAUAAUAAUUGCCAAAGGUGGGGGUAAUUUUGCCUUAUAUAGGUCAUUCUAUGGUGAAAUUUCCAAUCAGAGUCUCUCGUAAAAAGCAUAACUUGUAAUUUCUCUCCUCUUUUCUGAUCUAAGAGCAUGGUAAAGGAAGAGUAAGGUUCUGAUUGCUAUGAAAUAUUUCUUUGAAUCUGUGUUUUUGACCAAGGAAAUGGCUGACAUGUUGAACUGAGUGGUUGUUACAUGGUUCAUAUGGUGACCUCUCUGGCUCCCCUCUCACCACCUCACAAGGAAAAUGAAAUUGGGAGAUUAAAUCAAACUUGGACUCCUCUGUUGAUGAGGAGCUUACACUUUGAUUUCCUAUCUCAGGAUAUUCUUCAGUUUCAUACCGCUGCUGAGGAGGAAGGAACAAGCUGCAGACACUGUAACUGGUCUCCGGACGUUUGUGCGUGUGUAUGUAAAACUUCACACCGUGUGUGUUGUGUUCAAUGUUGUGUCAAUCUAUGAACUGACUCAAACAACAAUUUGAAGAUAGAGAAGACAGUGAUAAUGGCAAAACCACCUCUUUCUGUCCAAGUGCUUGCUAUGACUUUCAUAGCUAGGACGAGUAACAUAAGUAUUCAGGAGCAAGGUGUUCUUGAAAGAAAUGGUGUGUUGAUCUCAUAAGAAAAUGUACAACCAAUAAAAGACAUUUUAAA